UCGUCCUCUCCGACUGCGAUAUCUCCGACAUCAUCACCACCACCACUGUUAACUACUCCACCGGUCAAACCACUUGCCACAGCAUUCAAAAUGACAAAUCCUCCUUCAUCUCCACAUUUUGUCCUCUUCCCGUUCAUGUCUCAAGGCCACAUCAUCCCCCUCCUCUACUUCUCCCGCAUUCUUUCCGACCACGGCAUCUCCGUCACCAUCAUCACCACCCCCGCCAACUACUCUGCUGUUAGAGCCACCGUCAAGAAUGACUCCGUUUCAGUUAUAGAUAUGCCGUUCCCAAAGGAUUUCGUCGGUGUCCCUCCCAGGAUAGAAGUUGGAGASAARCYAUCGGCCAUGACKKMCUUCAUUAAUUUCGUSGAWRCCACUGASAAACUMCAGCCUGGGUUUGAAGAAAUYGUUCGCAGUCUAYCUCCGGUCAGCUGCAUARUCUCCGAUGGGUUUUUAASUUGGACUCARGACUCCGCMGAUARRCUCRGRAUUCCSCGUUUGGUKUUCUAYGGGWSCAACAUAUUUUYCAUGACCAUGUGCARCAUCAUGAYSCAGUUCAAGCCACRUGRAGYGGUUAGUUCCGAUGAUGAGCCGUUUCCGGUACCGGACUUCCCUCGUCUUAAAUUGACGGUGAAUGACUUUGAACCCCCGUUUAGAGAGGUCGACCCCAAAGAUCCAAUGAUGGAUUUUGUGCUCAAGCAGCAGGCGGCUAAUGUUAAGAGUCAUGGCAUGGUGGUAAACAACUUCUACGACCUGGAACCAGAGUUUAUCGAUUACUGGAACAAAAACUUCGGAMCCAAAGCAUGGUGUGUCGGACCUUUCUGUAUAGCCAAACCAGCGGCACCCAAACAGAUGGUGGAAUGGCCGACAUGGAUCCAGUGGCUCGACGAAAAUCUUCUGGAGAACAAGCGGGUGAUAUUUGUGUCGUUUGGCACACAGGCGGAGGUGUCUCCGGAGCAGUUACGUGAGGUGGCGGUUGGUUUGGAGAAGUCGAACGUAAACUUCAUGUGGGUACUGAAA